CUUUCGCUCAACUAAGGUCAGUAGAUAGGGGUAGUAUAUGAUACUGAGUCCCCCGAUGGGCAUGGGAGAGACUCUAGCUCUAGUCUGACUUCUAAAAAUUCAGAUCUUGACGAAGAAGUCCUGCUGAAAUGGAGGUUUCCUACUGCUCUACUUCAUCUAGUCGUUGUGGGACAAAAGCGACUCACUCUCGACCACGUGAGGAGAAACGAGUGCGACGACGAGGAGGACGAGCGCUUGCGAGCCGAAGCCUGUGUUUGAGUCUUUUUCCGCUUUGUGCCGAUGCAGCUUACUUCUAUUAUGGAUGCGGCUAGAGCAAGGUUUCCUUAAUCGAUGUUCUUAGGGUAGUAGGGAUGAAGAGAAAGAAACGUAAGUAUAAUAGGGUAGUUUAUAGAACGGAUGUAGGAUGGACUUGGAUGGAUCGGAUGGACCCGCCUGAUUCUUCCGAUCCUACUUGAAAUGGUGGGAAGUCCAUCCGAUCCAUCCGAACCAUCCCAUCCCGGCGGAUCUGGCACCCCUAUAAGUUACUCUAGUAUAAAUAAAUGUGAAUAAUCCUCAUCUCCAUCUCGAUUCUCUAAUCGUUUCUUUCCGAAGGGCAGUCUCGAACCUUUGUCCGGAUGGUAGCGCAGCAUCAAGUGAUGUCCGUGUUUAUGAUCCCAUAUUUGGCAUAAAAAUAUAACAGGCGACGUGCUUAGAAGCGAAGAUGCUCGACAGCACCAUCUUCUUCUCAAGGAGAAGGAGUCAUGCCCUUCUCGUGAAAACAACUACUGAAGCAUAUUAUAUAUUCUCAAUAGAACAAUGCUUCUAGUUGUCAAGUAACUAGAUGUGCUUAGAUAGAUUUCAUUUUCAAGAUGUGCAUGUGCUGGCGCAAAGCAAGUAAUUCUAGUCACAACAAGCAAUAAUUAAGUUAAAAAAGCGCUUAACCUUAAGCGUCGAAAGAUACCUCCAGAACAGGUAAAUGAAUGAAAUGAAAAAUGAAAGUACACACUGAGCUGCUCCAACAUCUCCUACACCGUCUCCGAAGAAAGGACGACGAAUUGCCGACUGGAAUUCAGGGACCCCAAAGAGGUGGUGAAGAAGACCAAGAACGUAGCGCCGGGAGAUAAAAGUGAAUCGACGGGCAGAGUCACUUAUCUUACGCAGGAAGAAGGAGAGCAUACGUAUUUUCCUUUCCGAUUCGUCCAGGUUGUAGGUUGUUGUAGGUUGACAAUUUAACUAAGUUAGUUGUAUCUAAUGGGAUACUAUUAGAACUUCUACUCUGCAUUAUGAUUCGUUUUGUUCGAUUUCACAAAAAAGACGAAAAAAAGCAGUUGUCGUAUUAAGUAGUACUUCUAGUUCUGGCUCCUGUUAGUUGUACUUCUCAUUGUAAAUCUAAAUACUUUGAAUUUGAACUUCCCUCAUCAUCUUCUUCACAUACCUCGUACAACCAUGUCUCAGGUUUUCCAUCACUUGUGGUGAAAGCAGUUGGUGGGCACCUGCGCCAAAGCUGAAGUGGUCUCUCGCAAUCGAAGUCGACGAACGCCAGGAUGCGCUCGAACUACCUGCAACACUGGUAAAUCUUAAGGCUUAUUACCCUGCAACUGCAAAUGCAACCUCAAUCAGAUCUUCGACCUCAUGCCAGGCACAUCAAUCAAUCAAUCAAUCAAUCAAUGAAUCAGUAUAGUUGGAAUAGUAGGACCGCGGAGCUCUCAACAAGCGUAUAUACAGGCUUCCCUUGUAAUUAUGAUCCAUGAAGAUGAUCUCUAUAGUAAAAAAGUAAUACUAGGCCGAGAGCAGCCCUCGUCAAGCGCAUACGCAUUCUAUAAAAGGGAAGAUAUAUUAGCUCUAAAAAUCAAGAGCAAUUUAGCAGUCUCGACAAGCUGAUGCUAGAGACGUUGACGGCCAUGGACUCUCUAGCUGCAGAAAACGACUACGAAACUUAUGGCAGCUUCAAGUUACACAGCAGGUCUCCUUCACAUCUUCCCAUUAGACUUAUAAACAGCAGCACCUGAAUUUUGAUUUUCUCAUUAUCAUCAAGCCGUAGAAGUUCUAGUACUAUACAAGAACGACAUUCUCUUCCAAGCAUAGCUACUAGUAUUAAUUUGUUUGCUUCUAACUCUCCUCUCUUCACACACCAAAUCAAUGAUCCUCAUCAUGGACUCUUGUACUUCCAUUAUAUUCAAAAUACCAUACUCUUGUACUUUUUGCAAAAGUACCAUCAUAUUCAAAAUACCAUCAUCCAGCAUACAGUAGUGCUGCGGCUAUACUCCACGAUUGGGUACACAACUACUACUACAACAUCUGCACCAUCUCUAACCCCGUCACCAGAUGGAUUCCUUUCAGAAUAUGGUUGAGUCAGCACAGAGAACCUUGAUCUCCUUGAACAUUUUCAUGAUGCUAGUGAUGGGUCUGGCAAACUUGUACAUGGUAAAAGAUUUAAAGUCUUUCUUUAGAAGUCAGAAAGUAUUGUAGAAGAUGGGUGAUGCUUCAAAUUUUCGUCAUACUGUAUUGUAGAAGAGGACCAGGACGGGACACGUUGAGGGUGAACUACGAGAAAACUGCCAGGGGUCCUCGUCGAGGGACGCGCUCGUUGUCUCAUCUAGUACUUCCGUUCCGACAUGAAGCUGACAGAAUGAAGUGUAUGUGUACUUCUACUUCUACAACAUAUUUAUAGACGAAGCGACCCACCACAUGGCACAUGCAACAAUUAGUGUAAAAUCGUUAAAAAAGCAUGUUGGGAGAGUGACUAUGACAGUCGUGUCCUCUCGCAUUUUCUGCUGCGCCACGACGAAGGGCGGAUCACGUCGCUUCUAGCAAAAGG